CCAAACUCACAGCCUUAAAAUCUCAGAAAGAACAGUCGACAACAAUACUAAGAAAAAAAUAAAUAAAUAUGGCCGCCUCUGCUUCCACAACAACUUUCGGAGCUGUUAACAGGCCAUUGCAGUUAAAAACGAGUGGUUCGAGCGCGGCGGCGAUCACGAGGUUUCUGGGCAAGAAGGUGAGAUCAAGAGCGAGAGAGUGGAAGAUUUGUUGCGAGAGAUUUAAGGUAAUUGUGGCGGAGGUUGAUGAGAAGAAACAGAGCGAUAGUGACAGAUGGAGGGGGCUGGCGACGGACGUCUCCGACGAUCAACAGGACAUCGCGAGAGGGAAAGGGAUGGUCGAUGCGCUCUUCCAAGCCCCGGUGGGCGCCGGCACCCACAACCCCGUCUUGAGCUCGUAUGAGUACCUCAGUGCUGGCCUCCGACAGUACGAAUUUGAUAAUAAUAUGAAUGGAUGCUACAUUGCUCCUGCAUUCAUGGACAAGCUACUAGUUCACAUUGCUAAAAACUUCAUGAAUCUGCCAAACAUCAAGGUGCCACUAAUUUUGGGCAUAUGGGGAGGAAAGGGACAGGGAAAAUCCUUCCAGUGCGAGCUGGUUUUCUCGAAAAUCGGAAUCAAUCCCAUUAUGAUGAGUGCCGGAGAACUGGAAAGCGGAAAUGCAGGAGAGCCGGCAAAGCUGAUCAGACAGAGAUACCGCGAGGCGGCGGACAUGAUCGCAAAGGGAAAAAUGUGCGUUCUGUUCAUCAACGACCUCGAUGCCGGCGCCGGAAGAUUUGGAGGGAGCACACAGUACACAGUGAAUAAUCAGAUGGUGAACGCCACGCUCAUGAAUAUCGCCGACAGCCCCACCAACGUUCAGCUCCCGGGGAUCUACAACAAGCAGGAGAAUCCUCGAGUGCCCGUCAUCGUCACUGGAAAUGACUUCUCGACGUUGUACGCUCCCCUCAUUCGCGACGGCCGGAUGGACAAGUUCUACUGGGCCCCCACCAGGGAAGACCGGAUUGGCAUCUGCUCCGGAAUCUUCUGGACAGAUAAUGUUGCCAUGCGCGACGUCGUUGAGCUCGUCGACGCUUUCCCCGGGCAAUCUAUUGACUUCUUUGGGGCAAUGAGGGCGAGAGUAUACGAUGACCUAGUGCGGGAAUGGAUUGCGAGCGUAGGAGUGGAGAAGAUGGGGAGCAAGCUCGUGAACUCGAGGGAGAAACCACCCGAAUUCGAGCAACCGAAAAUGAGCCUUGCGAAGCUGAUUGAGUACGGCAACAUGCUUGUUCGAGAGCAACAAAAUGUGAAGAGAGUUCAGUUGUCUGAAAAGUAUUUGAAGGAGGCGGCACUCGGCGAUGCCAACGAAGACGCUAUCAAGAAUUAGUAACAUUAUUUGUUCCAUUUUAUCUCCAAAAAAAAACAUUAUUUGCCGCAAUUGUGUUUAUAAAUAAAGAUGAUACAUAGAUUGUUCAUCUUUACUAGCUACAAGGUAAUGAUCAAUAAUUGUAAACACAUUGAAUCAUGGUCUUCUAUAUAUAAUAUUUUUCAGAAUUUUUAAUUUUCAA